AUGUCUCUCGUAACCCUCGACGGCUCCCAACGCCCCUACCUCCCCUCCGCCUCGGACACCCUCUUCAGCGCCAAAGCCGCCAAGCAGCUGAGCUUCGAGCAGAUCGCCCAGCACAUCGGCCGCAAUGAAGUCGCCGCCGCCGCCAUCUUCUACGGCCAGGCCAAGGCCUCGCCCGAGGACAUCGAGAAGCUCGCCUCGCUGCUGGGGAUCCCCCACUCCAAGCUCGAAGAGCUGCUCAGCGGCUUCCCCGACCGCGGUCGCACCGUCGAGAUGCCCCCCAAGGAGCCGCUGAUCUACCGGCUGUACGAGAUCGUGCAGAACUACGGGUACGCGUACAAGGCGGUGCUGAAUGAGAAGUUCGGGGAUGGCAUCAUGAGCGCGAUCUCGUUCUCGACGAAGGUGGAGAAGGAGACGGAUCAGGAUGGGAACAACUGGGCGGUGAUUACCCUGAGGGGGAAGUGGCUGCCGUUCUCGAGGUUCUAA